AUGGCGCCCCGCAAUUUGUUCAGCACCUCACUGCCCCGCUGCGAUGGAGCUGCUCCGCCUCCGCUGCUUGUGCUGGGCAUGAUGGUGAAGCCCGCCGAGGUGCGAUUACGUCAAGUCAUGCGCUCGCUCUACCAGCAAGGCGUGCCGCUCUUCACUGACAUGGCUGAGAGGGUCAGCCUCCACUUCUUCUGCCUACGGGUUGUGUGGGAGGCACACCGCCGAAGUGGGAAUGAAACGGCCGAAGCGAUGGACAGUGAGACCAAUAACGCGCGUGACAUCUUCCUGCUAGACGAGACGCUCCCUGGUUCUCUCGCAGAUGCGCCAGAGACUGCCUGCAUCGCGCAGAUUGUUGAAUGGUUGCGCGUUGCGACGAGGCUGGUCCCGUGCACGAAGUUUGUGGGAUGGAUGGACGACGAUAUGCUCGUCAACCUGCAUCGAGUGGCCAUCUUCUUGCGAGAGAUGCAGCAGGUGAUUCCCAAGAACCAUGAAGCUGUGCUCGGUUGCAUGUAUCACCACCCCGGCUUCAACCUCACUGCCAGAGCCUUCUUGCCCAGUGGAUCAACACCGUGGUAUGUCGCCGACACGUACGAGCGGAGCGCCUUUGUGACACUAUCUACACCGUUUGCGACGCGCAUUGUCAACGCAGAGUCGACGGAGCUCUUCUUCAAGGACUACAGAGAUUAUAUGGGUGCAUGGGCGGGCCGGCCCAGGCGUGGAGGCUGCGUUGGCUUGGACGGAGACGUGACGUUUGGGCUGCUAGCUCACGCGGCCCGCCCAGCGCACGUCGCAUAUGUCACGCUGGGGCUGCAGUACGAGUAUUAUGUUUGGGAGGUGGCUGGCAAUUUCUUCCCCGCGUACGCGGUAGCCGUCCACAGCACGUUUGCGAAGAGGGAGUAUCAUCGCCUAAGUCGGCAAUGCAGGCGAUCCGCACCAUUCGGCAACGCCGGUCGCUGCGAGCCAGAGUUGGAAGGGAAGACCCGCACCCUGCGGUCAAGCGAGUUCACCAAAUCAGACUGUGCAAAGGUGGCCGCUCUCUUUGGCGACAGGGACCGCUCCAUCGGUCAAGAAGGCGCAUCUCAAGGAUGGACCAACGUCAGCAACUUCCUGCGAGCCACGUUGCAGAACGACACCGCGUGCUCUCGCACACAACGUACGGUGUCAAAUUCUCCGCAUACGCACGGCGCCGGCGCGAUCGCAUUCGGCGUCCUCAGCUUCGGCUUGACCUUCCUCGGGGUGCCGUCGGCCGCUCCUGGCGCUGACUCCAACUCCACAAUACCCACGAGCAAAGCUGGUUACUGGGGAGAGCCGACCGCGGUGCACCAGUUUUGCGAGCCGAAGUACGCGUCGAGCCACUAUUUUGCCGAGUACUUCAACUCCCUCUCAUCGCUGGUAUACGCGGUUGUCGGUUGCUACAUGCUGUGGCAGCGGGAGGCGAUCGCCGUGGUCGUCAUUGGGCUGGGCUCAUGCGCCUUCCACGGGACGAUGCUUUUCGAGCACGAGUUGUGCGAUGAGGUGCCCAUGCUCUUCUUCAUCGGCGUGGCGAUGGCCGCCAAGACCGAUGCGCCGCCCGAAAUGAACCCGCGCAAGCGUGUGGCAGUUGGGGCGGCCAUCGGGGGGCUGACACUGGCAUACGUGCUCUUCCAGACGUAUGAGCUCUUCAUCGGCGGCUUCACUGCCCUCGUCGUCGCCGACUCCGCCCUCGCCUUGACGUGGAGCUCCCGCCAGCGGGUCGUCUCGUGGUGCCGUGACCGCUCGAUUGCGCUGCUCAUCGCGGGCAAGAUUGCGUGGGAGAUCGAGGUGCGGAUGUGCGCGAGCGACGGGCGCGUGUGGCCGCUGCACGUGGCGUGGCACCUGCUCACCGCCGCUGCGCUCUACUACGGUGUCCUCUCCGACACCGCCAACCGGAUCGAUUGCGGCCUCUCUCCGGCCGGCUCGCCCGCCACGCCUUGCCCCCUCUCGGCGUGCUCGCACUAA